GGUGUCGUCACGUCCGGGGCACUGAAACGCUCUGGAAAUAUCGUCUAGCUUACUGGAGCUUUCCAGUCUUCGGUGUUCGGUGCGGCAAGGCCGGAACAGAGGCGCCCGAGUUCCCUAUGCGUGGUACACACAGCCCGUUAGCGACCGCCUUGUGCGGGGAAGGGAGGCUCUCUUAGUGCUGACACUGAACCGAGAACACAGAGCUUUUACUGUGUGCUUCGCAACAGCACUAUUGAUCAUCCCAGGUGUGGAGGACGGAAGUUUCUAGAGUGAGGCUGGUGACCAUGCUGUGCUGGGGGAAUGCCUCCUUCGGCCAGCUGGGUCUCGGCGGCAUCGAUGAGGAAAUAGUUUUGGAGCCGCGCAGCUGCGACUUCUUCCGCGGGAGGAAGGUGUGCGAUGUGGGCUGCGGUCACAAGCACAGUGCAUUCCUGCUGGAUGAUGGCACUGUCUACACCUGUGGCUGCAACGACCUCGGCCAGUUGGGGCACGACAAGUCAAGGAAAAAACCAGAGCAGGUAACGGCUCUGGACGCCCAGAACAUAGUGGCCGUGUCGUGUGGUGAGGCCCACACGCUGGCGCUGAACGACAAGGGCCAGGCGUUUGCCUGGGGCCUGGCGUCGGACGGACAGUUGGGCCUGCCCUGUGCGGAGGAGUGCAUGCGUGUGCCCAGGAACAUUAAGAGUUUGUCAGAGGUCCAGGUUGCCCAGGUGGCUUGCGGAUAUCGACACUCUCACGCUCUCUCCAAGGGAGGCACCAUCUUCUCCUGGGGACAGAAUAAGUAUGGCCAGCUGGGCCUGGGAAACGACUGCAAGUGCAUCUUCUCCCCGCAAGCCAUACAGUCGCUGCAGGGCAUCCCGUUUAUGCAGAUCGCUGCUGGCGGUGCCCACAGCUUCGCCCUCACCAUGUCAGGCGCUGUGUUCGGCUGGGGACGCAACAAUUUUGGCCAGCUGGGCCUCAACGAUAACACUGAUCGAUACUGCCCCGUCUUACUGAAGUCCCUCCGAUCUCAGCGGGUGGUGUACGUCUGCUGCGGCGAGGACCACACCGCCGCACUCACAAAGGAAGGCGGUGUGUUUACCUUCGGAGCAGGAGGCUACGGUCAGCUGGGCCAUAACACCACAAACCACGAGAUCAACCCCAGGAAGGUGUUUGAGCUCAUGGGAAAUGUAGUCACACAGAUCGCCUGCGGUAGGCAGCACACGUUAGCGUUCGUCGCUAGCACCGGGAAGAUCAACUCGUUUGGUCUGGGUGGAAACGGGCAGCUGGGAACUCGCUCCAUGUGCAACAGGAAAAGCCCGGCGCCAGUCAAGGGGAACUGGGUUCCCCACAACGGACCCUGUCCUUCAGACACGGAUGCAGGGCAGAGCUGUUGUGUGACAAGGAUUUAUGCGGGAGGAGACCAGAGCUUUGCGCAUUUCUCUGUUCCGGAGAAUCACACACCCCCUGAUGAUUUCCGCGUGCCUGAUCCCAGCAGAGAGAUUUACACGCUGAAUGCUGAAGUUAUCGAGCGCUGGUUAGGCCACGCCCACGGGCGGCUCCCGCAGGAGAUUGUCAAUGAGAUCGAUGUCCUCUUCUCGUCUUCCAGUUGCCUCAACGGAAGUUUUCUGUCAGGAAGCCACCCGGACCAUUACGACACGGGCAGCAGGACGUCGGGCGUGGACAUGAGCACGGCACGCCUCCUCUUCCAUAAGCUCCUGCAGCCGGAGUACCCUCAGGUCACCCAGCAGGUCGCAGCCAGCCUGGAGAAGAACCUGAUCCCCAAGCUGCCCUGCUCCCCGCCAGACGUGGAGGCACUGCGGCUGUAUCUGACACUGCCCGAAUGCCCACUGUUCAACAAUCCCAACACGUUCGUCACCCUCGCCAUCCCCUUCGGCAAGGCCGUCAUCAACCUGAGGGAGACCCCACUGAAGGUGCUCGGAAACUGGUGGUCCAGACUGGAGCCUCCGGUCUUCCAGAGGUUGGUGGAGUUGUACAAGGAGGUGGUGGUGAACUUGCUGAGGAUGCACAAGGUGGGGAUCCCACACUCAGAGCAGAGGAUCUUCGCAGCCUUCCUCCACGUGUCCCUCAAGUUCCUCGAAACUCUGCACACCGUCAAUGAAAAGUUUGGGCAAAUCAUACAGUAUGACAGAUUCUACAUUCAUGAGCUUGAUGAUCUGAUUGACAUCAAGAACGACUACAUCAACUGGAUCCAACAGCAAGUGUUUUCGAUGGUGCCGGACUUUCCCGUCACAAUGUGUCAGUUUCCAUUCGUGUUCGAUGCGCAGUCGAAGACCACCCUACUGCAAACUGAUGCGGUUCUGCAGAUGCAGAUGGCGGUCGAUCAGGCUCAAAGACAGAACUUCUCCUCGUUCUUCAUGCCGGUGGUAGAAUCUGUCAAUCCUUGCCUGAUCCUCAUCGUCAGGCGGGAGAACAUCGUCGGGGACACCAUGGAAGUUCUGAGGAAGUCCAAGAACGUGGAUUACAAGAAGCCUCUGAAGGUCAUCUUCGUAGGUGAGGAAGCUGUGGAUGCAGGAGGCGUUCGCAAGGAGUUCUUUCUGCUCAUUAUGAAAGAACUUCUAGAUCCAAAGUACGGCAUGUUCAGAUACUAUGAGGAAUCCAGACUGAUCUGGUUUUCAAACAAGACCUUUGAGGACAUAGACCUGUUUCGCCUUAUCGGUGCCAUCUGUGGACUGGCCAUCUACAACCUAACCAUCGUGGAGCUCAAUUUCCCCCUGGCGCUCUACAAGAAGCUUCUGGAGAAGAAGCCCUCGCUUGAUGACCUGAAGGAGCUGAUGCCUGACGUCGGGAGGAGUAUGCAGCACCUGCUGGAUCACACUGAAAAUGAUAUAGAAGAAACCUUCUGUCUAAACUUCACUAUCACGGUGGAAAACUUUGGUGCCACAGAAGUCCUAGAACUCGUUCCAAAUGGCGAGGAUAUCCCAGUGAAUAAGUCAAACAGGCAGGAAUUUGUGACAGCCUAUGUGGACUACAUUUUCAACACAUCCGUGGCUCCACUGUUCAAUGCCUUUGCCUCUGGAUUCCACAAAGUGUGUGGCAGUAAAGUGCUGGAGCUGUUUCAGCCCAGCGAGCUGCAGGCCAUGGUGAUCGGAAACACCAACUAUGACUGGAAGGAACUGGAGAAGAGCACAGUGUACAAAGGCGAGUACUGGCCGGAGCAUCCCACCAUUAAGCUCUUCUGGGAGGUCUUCCAUGAGCUUCCCCUAGAGAAGAAGAAGCAGUUCCUCUUAUUCCUCACUGGAAGCGACCGCAUCCCUAUCCUGGGCAUGAAAUCCCUGCAGCUGGUCAUUCAGCCCACGGGCGGUGGUGACCAUUACCUGCCCGUCGCUCAUACCUGCUUCAACCUGCUGGAUCUUCCCAAAUACAGUGACAAGGCGCGCCUUCAGGAGAAGCUGGUGCAGGCCAUCGACCAUCACCAAGGCUUCAACCUUGUCUGACGUCAUGUUGAAACUAUAGCACUGGGUAACCACAGACAUUUUUAAUACCCAUCUCCUCCCAAAAAAUACGCACUUCAUUUGCAGUCCUCCUCUGCAGGACAAGACGUAUCCUGGUUGUAGCUGAUCAGCGGCUAAGUUUUAGCUAUUUGUGUUUUCUUAUCUAGCCAACGUGACUACAGCAUUACAGCAUUAAACACUCACUAAAACAUCUAUCUUAGUAAAUCAGAUCCAUUUUCAUGGAUUGUUCUUCCUAUUCUGGAAAAAUGCAGUUAUAUGUAAUUGAAAAAAAUGAUUACACAAGUUUGGCUGGCAUUCAUAUCUAUACUGAGAGAUGAUGAAAGAUUUUUUUUCCGUUUCUGGCUAUCCAUUUGGAAAAUAAGCUAUUCAUACAGGACACUCCUGCGUGUUGACCAUGAACACUUUUCAUCUUAAUAAAAUCUUACUACUGUGCAAA